AGGAUUUUCUGCAAUCUCUGAUACCCAUCGCAAAACCCCACGGCCCAACGGUCCUCUUCCUUCUCGGAGAACUCCAACGGUCUUCUCUAGCCCUCUCCAUUCAAACUUUGGUUCGCCUUGAUUCUUACAAACUCGAAGAAUCAUCAGGUCGAAUCCAAACAACGCAAUUUCUCUCUUUGAACUAGUUCCGACAAGAUCUACCAUCACCCCGUUUCAAAUCAAAACGCUGAGUUCUUUCGUAGAUUUCGGCAAGGUUUUGAGAGGAUGGACCAACAGCUGAAUCCUCAUCUUUCCACCGAUAAACACAUAUGGAGCCAGAUCUAUAGAACAUUGAAGGAAAUGCUGAAGUCCCAGAGGUCGCAAAUAAAAACCCUAAUAAAUGAUCGUGAGUUUCUCGAGAACAACUUCUGCAUCCAGCACGAAUGUUGGAGCAGCAGGGAACGGUUUCUUGAGUCUUGCAUCGCUCAGAUGAAGGAAGAGCAGGCUAAAACUCGCCUGGUUGAGGAUGCGAAGAUGCUUGUUUGGGUUGGGUUGAAGGAGUCAGAAGCGUUGAGCUACAGGAUGCAGUUAGAGCUUGCUGAAAGUGAUUUGGAGGAAUUCCGUUCCUGUGUGGAGGUGGUAAACGCUGAGAUGGAAGAGCUUAAGGAAAAGUUGAAAGUAUUUGGAGCUAGUGAAGUUAAGAAUACAGAUUAUAUCAUUGAUCACCCUGGCUCUUCAGAAAAUUUGAAGGGAAGGAAUCAACUCACUACGCCAUUGAAAAAGGAAAUAAAGAAACUGAAGCAUGCUUACAGGGAGCUUAGUUCAAGAAGGGAUACUGAGAUUUCCGCUCUGUUAGCGGAGAAGGAUUUUGUAUGGAACCAGUUUAGGAAGAUGGAGAGCGACUACAUUGCCCUUUGCAAGAGCAAGCGUACAGAAGCUGAUCUUCAGUCCAGAGAAGCUGCUGAUAAGCUCCAAGAUAGUGUAGAAAAAUUGCAGCAGGAAAUAAAUAAUAAGGAUGAGAUUAUAGUCAAGUUAGAAGCUGAACGAUCCAUGAUUGCGUUAGAUGCCAGGAAGCUUGCUGAGGAAGUAGAACAGGCUAAUAAUAAAAUGAAGAUGCUUCACACCGAUAUGGAUGAGCUGCGCUUGGCCUCCUUGGAGAAGGAAAAACUAAUUGAUAACUUAAGAAAAGAGCUUUGCAACCUUAAGACAGAUUUGAAGAAAAAUAGUGUUGAAAAGUCCAUUUCUUUGGAGAAAAUUAAAUCUGAAAGGAAGUCCCAAAAUGGAUCGUCUACAAUAAGACAAAUUCAUCUGCAGAGAUGCUCCAAGAAACGGAACUUGGAAAGUUGUGACAACCACACAAGUCAAAAACAUACAAAUUCCUGUGGAGUUACUAGUGAAAAACCAGCAUCUGAUAAUGAUCAUAAACUUGGUAAAAGUAUGACUGAGAAAAAGGGGAGAUUUCUUUCACCAGUAGGGAUGCAACCGUCACUGUUCCAUUCUGAUUUCAAGGUUCCCAAGUUGAAGAGGGCUAAACUGCUCAUAUAAUUUUUUAUUUUUUAUUUUUCCCUUUUUCAUCAUUAUUGCUGUGACAAAUUAUGCAUGGCUUGUCUCAUAUUUAGUGUUUUAUCUGUGUAAUCUAUGUAUAUAGAGUGUAGUAUUCUCAGGCUCUGUUUAGGACGGCUUUUUUGCUGCUUCUUAAACUAGCUUUUUAGUACAAAAAAGAAAUUUUUUUGUACUAAAAAACUGCUUUGAGAAGCAUUAACAAAGCCGUCCCAAAUGAAGUCUUAGUUUUGGAUUAGUUGUUGUUUCAUCAUAUAUUUAAAAACUUAGACAAUGAUAGCAGAAGUUUGUUGGUUCUUCCAA